AGAGACCAACCAACUCUUCUCUUUUUAGUCAACACUAGUUUAUCCGAGUCCAUUGGUCUUAUCGUACCACAAACACAAAUCCCCACACUCGCUCUUCUCUUGUGCUCCUUACUUACUUUCCCAGAUUUGCAAGUUUCCAGUCUUAUUCAUCCCACUCUUGUUGCAAAAUACUUUGGAUGGAUAACCAAACCAAGUGCAGGAUAGAUAAUACUUAUCGCAUAACCAUCUUAUUGCAUAAGUAGCAUGGUUUUGUCUCGCUACUUAACAAGACAAGUCUCAUCGGACCUCGCAUGAAAGAAAAGACUUUGACCAAUACGACUACCACUAUUGUGUUAGGUUAUAAAUGUGAGACAGGAUCCGGGUAAAAACGGAUCGGGGAAUGUGAGGCAUGUGGAGUAGGAGAGUUGCAAUACCGACCGACCUCAAUAUUGUGGCAUGAACUUCGGAUAACAGAAAACAGCCAACGUUAACCGGAGCAGUUGAGUCUCGUCGUCGUCGUCGUGGGUGAAAACUCUGGUUCUCAGUGUGCAUUGGAAGUCCGAUCAGUGAAUUUGCGACCAACGCUAUUCUGUUACUUACUUGGCUAUUGGUAGCUUCUUGGUGCAUGUGUGUAUAUGGUUUAUUUUCUCGAAUUGUUGGCUGGCCCGGCUUUAAAUAGUGAAUACAAUUAACUCUUGUGUGAUAUUAACCGGUGUGCUUAUUUUACAUACGUUCAGUCAGCACUACUGCUGCAACCCAGACUAAGCGUCGUUCGUGACCAUUGUUGAGCAAGACUUUUGACUUUACGGAGAAAGAGAGUGAAACAAGACGUACAAGAGAAAAUUUAUAGUCAACGGAACACUUGUUAUUUGUGGAAAUAAAUAGGAUAAGCAGCUUUGGCUGGCCUAAUGGUGUGGAAGACUAUUUUGAAUAAGCCCUACUACACCUAUGCAAAGAACAGGAAGAGAAUUCCUAAUCGAGAUUAUUUUGAUUUAAAUCCGUGAUUGGAUUCAUCAUCAGUUUGGAAUUCUUUGUUUAUCAGAGUUGCGAAAGAGAGAAAAAACCCACAUUUAAAAGGAGAACCAAGUUCAAUGCGAAUGUCACAGAACUCAGAAGUAGGUUUGAUAUCAUUGUAAAUACAUAAACACGCAGUCCUCUUCGUUUACUGACCGACGGAGCCCCGUUUAUUUUCCUGUGAAUUAUUGAUGAUUAGCUCCAAGUGGUUUUGACCGAUGAAAAUUUAAUGAGAAUCGGCUUCUUCACCAAAGUUCGCGUCGUCGACACAAAAAUUGCAAAAUUACUCAAUAAAGGCAAUUUUCAAGUUUAUGCACAUGAUUCGCAGUUUUCCCUCCUAUUGUUCUGUCGCAAGUUCCAUUUGUUAAUUUGUCUUAAAUACUCCUGUACCUAAUUUGACCCCGUUGACUCUACAAGGCCGUUACUAAUAAAGGCUGAAUAACGUACCAACUAGUUAAAUCAUCACUUUAUACAAGAUUCUCUGAGUACCUGUACCUGCUACUACCACAUGUUAUCAUAGCAUUAGAAAUUUCACUUUUAAUUCCAGUUUAACUAGUCAGUCAAACGAAGGAGGAAAUAUAUAUUAAUUUUUUUUGGGAUUUCCAUUACAUUGACACCACUGUGAUGUCUGUGGUUAGGUAUUAGUCAGGUCAAAAAGUUGGCGUACAUAUACACGCAUAGUCUUAAAUAUUAUAUUCCUAAGAAAUGGUGCUAAUUUUUACACUUCAACAACGGAAAGGAAACGUAUUGGCUAAUACAUUUUUAUGAUUAAUCCCUAGAGUCAUUUGUGUCGAGUAUCGUUUAUACUUAUCAACGUGUUUUAUCCCAUGUGAAAAUCGUGAUAUGGAUCAAAAUAUAUAAAUACACAGUUAAAAGACCGAGCCAUAGAUAUUUAUAAACAAGGAAGGAAUCAAUAAAACUGAAUUUCAAUUGUUUCUUGCUGCAAGUUUUGGUCAGCUUUGCUGACCAUAUAAUCUACGAAAAUUGAUUUUAUAUCGUAUUCCGUCGGGCUUCAGCCUAUAAAAAAUUCUUCAAAAAUUGCUACCAAAGUCUUUAACCUGUCGAAAAAACAAUCCGCCAAGAUGCGGAAAGAGAAACCAAUGAUGAGUGUCACUGCAAUUAUACAAGGAUCACAAAACCACUGUUACCCCAGAUCCAGUAUGACACGUUUGUCGCUGGACACGAAUUUGCCCAUGUCGUCCGUCGGUCCUCAAAGUCCGCUCGACAUGAAACCUGACACGAACAGUUUGCUCUCUUCUUCUGGUGCAUUUAGUCCUCAAGGAGCUGGCCCUUCAUCGCCGAGAUAUGCGUCCUCCGAAGACAGUUUACCACAAUCAUCCUUUUCCGCGGGGUCUGGAUUCCUGGCUUCCUCCACGAACGGGAACGGCGUCUCGACAAAUGUGAACGGAACCAAUGGUGCUGGUAGCUCGUCCUCUUCCAACGGCCUCUCACCCAACGGCCAAUAUCCCCCCAAUCACCCCCUCAGCGGAUCCAAGCAUUUGUGCUCCAUCUGCGGUGACCGGGCAUCAGGAAAGCACUAUGGUGUCUACAGCUGUGAAGGGUGCAAAGGUUUUUUUAAGCGAACUGUUCGAAAAGAUCUGUCGUACGCGUGCCGUGAAGACAAGAGCUGCACGAUCGACAAACGGCAUCGAAAUCGGUGUCAGUAUUGUCGCUACCAGAAAUGUCUCUCGAUGGGGAUGAAGCGUGAAGCUGUUCAGUAUCUUCAUGAGUUCGAGCAGCGAUCCAAUCGAAGACGGUCCAGUGCACAGGAGGAGAGACAGAGGACGAAAGAGCGAAGUGGCGAGAGUGAGGUGGAGUCUACCUCGACAACCACACCCAUGGACAUGCCUUUAGAACGUAUCGUGGAUGCGGAGAGGCAAUGUGAACUUCGAGAGCGACCCAUCGUGGACACCGAGACCCUCGGAAUGAGUGAUAUUUGCCAAGCGGCCGACAAGCAGCUCUUCCAACUUGUCGAAUGGGCGAAAAUUGUUCCGCAUUUUAACGAGUUGAGUCUCAGUGACCGAGUUAUCCUUUUGAGUUCGGGGUGGAACGAGCUAUUAAUAUUAGGAUUUGCACAUCGCUCAAUGGAAGUUAAGGAGGCCCUUGUACUAGCUAACGGUCUUACGGUCUAUAGAACGUCCGCCCAUCAAGCUGGUUUGGUUCAUAUUUUUGAUCGCGUCCUUUCGGAAAUUGUUGGAAAAAUGCGAGAUAUGAAAGUUGACCGAGCAGAACUUGGUUGUUUGAAGGCCAUCAUUUUAUUUAAUCCAGAUUCAAGAGGUCUCCCCCAAGCAUCCAUGCCUUCAGUUGAAGCCCUGCGAGACAAGGUUUACUCCACCCUGGAAGACUAUACUCGACAGCACUACCCUAACGAGGCAGGGAGGUUCGCUAAAUUGCUCUUGAGACUCCCAGCUCUCCGCUCCAUCGGACUCAAAUGUUUGGAACACCUCUUCUUCUACAGACUUAUUGCCGACACCCCCAUAGAACACUACCUUAAAGAUAAUCUCGGGUCUCCUCCUGACAAUUAGUUGUUAUAGCAUGCAGUAUAUAUAUACAAUUACAAUUAAUAAUUAAUUUUUAUAUUACUACAUCAGGAAUUAUAUGGUACUACUACAAUGGUAGGAUUAGGAAACGAAAAGUUAAUUUAGCUUCACAAGUACAGAAACAUAUUUGGGACGAGAGCAUCACAACAAUGCCUAGUUGAAUCUUUUUGGUAUCAGUAAUCAAUCAGAAAUAUAUACGGAUUGACCAUGUUAGAGAAUGUUGUUGCUUUGAUAUGAUGAUAAGUACUCACUCUUAAAUUGGUUCGUUAUUAUUGACUGCUCUCCAGCAAAUGAAUGACUGUUUUUGCAUUUCUUGUUUUUUUCAGUGGGCGGCUGAAAGUACUUUAUUCGUCACAGUCUCUUUAGAAAUGUAGUAGCGAGUACAUAUUGAAACACUAUAUAAGCGUUAAAGAAUCAUUUCCAGUCCCCUGUUUACGAUUGUAUAAGAGAAGAUGCAUUUGUUGAGUUAUUGUUUAUUAUUAUUAAUAUUAUUAUUAGUAUUGCAUGUUAUAAAGUCUUCUAUGAAACGUGGUUAGAAUGCAUGCAUGUUCUAAUGAUUAGUUAACAAGGAACGAGAGUGUAUUUUUUAUUAUUAUAUCGAGAUUGAUCAUGAUGAUAGUUAUUCCUAAAAUUAACAAUUAUUCAAUUUACUGUUUAGUAUUUACCACAACGUUUAUAGCUUUAUUAUCAAUCAUUAGUAUUGUAUAAUUCAUGCAGAAGACAAUUAUAUUUAUGAUUACAAAAUGCUAUUUUUUAGAAAUUACUUAGAUUUCAUCAACCAAUUAUUAUGAUUCAAUUCAAGCUAUACAUACAUAUAUGAUUUCUAUUAUGUUUAUUACUAUGUUUUUCCUCGUAGCGUGUUUAUUAUGUCAAAUCAGUUGUAACUUGUUUGUUGUAGAGUAAGUUGUUCUGCGUUGCACGUCAUACUAGACUGAAAGAAAUGCAUGCAACCUUGUAAAUUACUUGCUAUCCAAGACCUAUAGAUAAACUUUUCUUGGUUUCAUGGCUUGAUUUUGUCAAUUAUUGGUUAAUUUUACACAAAUGUAAUAGACAACUACUUAACGAAUCAGCCAGCCUGUAGAUUCAACAUUCACAAUUCACUAAUAACACUUCAUUUGUUAGGUUUUCAAAUUUUCAAAGAAAUGUAAGAACCGUAGUGUGUUUGUUUGUAUACCAAAGAUCUCCGCUAAAUAUAUAUACAUACAUAUAUAGAGUUCAAUUGUUAUAUGUAAACUGAGAAUGCUGAUGAUAAUAUUUCUUACUGAUUGACUUUAUAUAAAGUACGUUUCAGUUUCAAAACACAAAUUGGAAUAGUUAAAUUUCGUAUCGCGAAAACAUUUCUUGGUUAUACUACUGCUAUACUUUCAACAACAGUAUAGAUUCCUUUUUCUUUAUUGUGACGAAUUAUAUAUAUAUACCGUUUGUACAAUGGCCUAAUUUGACAUAGAUUCAAAAUUGUGUGUACUUUACACGGUUGUCACAUAAUUGUACAAAUUUUACUGAAUCUAAUAAUCAGCACAACUAUAUGCAUACUUAUAUAUUUCUUGAUUUGAGCUAAAGUUCAAAAUACUAUAUUAUUGACCAUUCUUGCACCAAUUACUUACUGUCAAUUUUAGUCAACAUACUCUAAAAAACAUUAUAUUACUGUCUGCGAAUUAUAAUUUGCAAUAUAUUCAAAAUUUGUUAUCAUUGUUUUUGUUUGCACUGCCAUUUUCGAGUGGUCCAAUUUCUUCUUUGCUAUAUAUUCUAUACUGUUUGCAACUUUCACACAAGACUUUCUUCUUCACAAUGUAAACCGUAAAACUCGUAAAGUUUGCAUGAGAGAUGAUUUUCUUGCAAUUUGUUUGAUGUACAAUUAGUGAAUGCUGGAUAAGUUUCGCCUUAUACUGCUCCAACUCUGCUGCUGCUGCUACCGCUGCUAUAAUAUUUUGUUAUUGUAUUUUUUAAGGGAGUGAAAUAUUAAGUUGUUGUAAAGGGAAGGAUUUAUGGGCAAUUCCAUACAUUCGGUUGUGUACCUGUGAUUUACAUCUGUAAACUUAUAUAAACUACAAAUUAAUCUAUGAGAAACUAACACAAUGAAGAAAUUGUAGACCAUUAAAAAAAUGCUAUAUAAACCCACAACAAAAAUGAAACUCUAUCUUCGAAUCUUCAUCCUCUCAUCAUGAUGAUUGACAUGGAUGCGCGCUCUUUAUAUAGAAUAUUAUACUAGUGGAUGAGUUAUGAUAUAGACUACUAUAAUUAGUAAUUGUUACAAAUGUUGAUCAUACCAGUAAUUGUAUUCGCAUGAAGAUUAUACAGGAAAAGAAAAAAAGAAAGGCGAAACUUGUGUAACAUAACUAUUUAACAUAUGGAUUAAUAAAUCCCACAAGUUAACAA